ACAAUUUGCUUUUUAAGGAGAUGCCUACAUAGAAGAGUGACAGCAGCUGGACUAAAUGUUUAGCCGCUGAAUUGGUUCCUCAGGUAGCCCGGCCCUGGUGACUGCUAUGGGAGAGUGGAUGACUGUUACAGACCCAGAUCUGUCUUCAGAAAGCAAAAAUAUCUGUCAAUAUACCUCAGAAACAAAGAUGUCUCCAUCAAGUUUAUACUCACAGCAAGUGCUAUGUUCUUCAAUACCUUUAUCAAAAAAUGUGCACAGUUUUUUCAGUGCCUUCUGCACAGAAGAGAAUAUUGAACAAAGUAUUUCAUACCUUGAUCAGGAAUUGACUACUUUCGGUUUUCCUUCAUUGUAUGAAGAAUCCAAAGGUAAAGACACAAAGAGAGAAUUAAAUAUAGUUGCUGUUUUAAAUUGUAUGAAUGAGCUACUUGUACUUCAGCGGAAGAAUCUUCUAGCUCAGGAAAAUGUAGAAACACAGAAUCUGAAACUGGGAAGUGAUAUGGACCAUCUACAGAACUGCUAUGCAAAACUUAAGGAACAACUGGAAACCUCCAGGAGAGAAAUGAUUGGGCUUCAGGAAAGAGACAGACAGUUACAGUGCAAGAACCGGAAUUUGCAUCAGCUACUGAAAAAUGAAAAAGAUGAGGUACAAAAAUUACAAAAUAUCAUUGCAAGUCGAGCUACUCAAUAUAAUCAUGAUAUGAAGAGAAAAGAACGUGAAUAUAAUAAAUUAAAGGAACGUCUACAUCAACUUGUUAUGAACAAGAAGGAUAAAAAAAUAGCUAUGGAAGUUUUAAAUUAUGUGGGGAGAGCCGAUGGAAAAAGAGGCUCCUGGAGGACGGGUAAAACUGAGGCCAGUUUCUUUCUCAGGAAUGAAGAUGAAAUGUAUAAAAUUCUCUUGAAUGAUUAUGAAUAUCGUCAGAAACAAAUCCUAAUGGAAAAUGCUGAACUUAAGAAGGUUCUUCAGCAAAUGAAAAAGGAAAUGAUUUCUCUUCUUUCUCCCCAAAAGCAGAAACCUAGAGAAAGAGCAGAUGAUAGUACAGGAACUGUUAUCUCUGAUGCUGAAGAAGAUGCUGGGGAACUGAGUAGGGAGAGUAUGUGGGACCUUUCCUGUGAGACUGUGAGAGAGCAGCUUACCAACAGCAUCAGAAAACAGUGGAGGAUUUUGAAAAGUCAUGUAGAAAAACUUGAUAACCAAGUUUCAAAGGUACACCUAGAAGGUUUUAAUGAUGAAGACGUAAUCUCACGACAAGACCACGAACAAGAAACUGAAAAACUCGAGUUAGAAAUUCAGCAGUGUAAAGAAAUGAUUAAAACUCAGCAGCAGCUUUUACAGCAGCAGCUGGCUACUGCAUGUGAUGAUGAUACCACCUCACUGCUCCGAGACUGUUACUUGCUGGAGGAAAAGGAGCGCCUCAAGGAAGAGUGGUCCCUGUUUAAAGAGCAAAAAAAGAAUUUUGAGAAGGAAAGACGAAGCUUUACAGACGCGGCUAUUCGCCUAGGAUUGGAGAAAACCGUAAGCCUCCAUUAUCCCCUCUGGGUUGGCUUUCUACUGAGAAAGGCAUUUGAAGAAGAAAGAGCCAGUUGGUUAAAGCAACAGUUUUUAAAUAUGACUACCUUUGACCACCAGAACUCAGAAAAUAUGAAACUUUUCAGUGCCUUCUCAGGAAGUUCUGAUCGGGACAGUCUUACAGUGCACUCGAGGCCACGGCAGAAGAAGCCUCACGGUGUGUCUAACGGGUCUCCGGUUUGCACAUCCAAACUUACUAAGUCUCUUCCUGCUUCUCCUUCUACUUCGGACUUUUGCCAGACGCGUUCCUGUGCAUCUGCACAUAGUUCCAUCAAUGUACUGAAUAUAACUCCUGAAGAAACUAAACCAAAUCAGGUUGGAAGAGAAGGUACAAAUCAGAAAUGGAGCAUGGCCUCAAGACCUGGAUCACAGGAAGGUUGCUACAGUGGGUGUUCCUCGACCUACACAAACUCCCAUGUAGAAAAAGAUGACUUACCUUAGACGUGUGGACUGGAAUUGUUCUCAUCAGCACGUUCAUCAGAUUUCACAUCUGAGUUGAAACAGGGUGUGUCAUAAAGUCAGUCAUAUCUAAUGAUUGAAGAUGGUCUGAGGUGUUUGUUUGGACUUUCCUGUCCCUCCCCCAAAGAGCUAAAAUGUUGAAUCUAUUUAAAAGGAUAUAAAAGCUUUGGAUAUAUAUUUUGAGUAACAGAAGCAUCUGGUUCUGUGAAUAAAGGAAUGUAUAUGUUUGGAUGGAAACAGAAGCACUAGAAUGAGUUUCCUCUUAUAGGUAUUAAAAAUAGCACUUUUAGGAAACUGAUUAUUGUAAAUGAUUAAUUUUGUCUCAUAUAUAGUUGGCAUUGGAAGUUUAGCCUUUACUUGAAUGUAUACUGUAGAUUUUUAACAAAGCAAGUUCUAUAUUUAUUAUGUUUAAAACAGUGUGAUUUGAAAUUUCCUCUUUCAUAUGUUUUAAAUAAAGUGAAAUUUAUGUAUGUUUUGUACAUAGAUAUACACGAUUAUGUUAAGAGGCUUUAAGAUUUAAAAAUUUUACACAUCCAUAUUAUAGUAUUUCAUGCCAAUAACAUUUUUUAGUGGUGUUCUGUUUACAGAUGUAUGAGAGCCAUUAUGUUAUGUUCAAGAAUUUUUUUGAAUGCAUCUGAGCAAUAAAUACUCAAAAGCUGUUCCACGAA